AUGCCACACCACGCCAGCACACAUGCUUGCCCUGCCCUAUCUAUAGAGCGAUCUGCUUACACGUCACGCAUCAUGCGGCGAAGCUUACAUCGCAUUAUAAAGGAUCCAAACAGCAUGUCGAAGCAGCAAUCUGUCAACGUUCUUAUCAUCGGCGCAGGCCCGACUGGUCUCGGUGCAGCAAAGCGUUUACAGCAGCUUAAAAUUGACGAUUAUUUGGUCGUCGAUGCGCAAGAAGAAGCAGGUGGACUGGCUUCCACCGAUGUAACGCCAGAAGGCUUCCUUUUCGAUGUCGGCGGGCACGUCAUCUUCUCGCAUUAUCUCUAUUUCGACGACGUGAUUAACCAGGCACUCCCAAAGGCCGAUGACUGGUAUGAGCAUGAGCGGGUCUCUUAUGUUCGAUCCCUCGGCAACUGGGUGCCAUACCCCUAUCAGAACAACAUUUCGAUGCUGCCCGUCGAUGCGCAGACAAAGUGCAUCGAGGGAAUGAUUGACAGCUUCGAAGAGCGCAUGCGUGCGAAGGACAAGCCCAAGAACUUUGACGAGUGGAUCUUGCGUCAAAUGGGUACCGGCUUGGCGGAUCUCUUCAUGCGACCAUACAACUUCAAGGUCUGGGCUGUGCCGACAGAGGACAUGCAAUGCGAAUGGCUCGGAGAGCGUGUCGCUGCCCCCUCGCUCAAGCUUGUCGUCAAGAACACGCUCGAAAAGAAGAUUGCAGGCAACUGGGGUCCCAAUGCUACCUUCAGAUUCCCUGCGCGUGAUGGAACUGGUGGUAUCUGGAAGGCUGUCGCUCGCACGCUGCCGCAGAAUAAAUUCGUCUUCAAGAAGACGAUGACAAAGAUUGAUGGCAAAGCCAAGGUCGCUCACUUUGACGAUGGCUCGUCGAUCAAAUACAACUCGAUGCUUUCCACGGCACCUCUGGACGAGAUUGUCGAGCUCAUCGAUGGCGCAGCCGACCCUCUUCGCGACACGGCAAAGGGUCUCAUCUUCUCUUCGACGCAUGUCAUCGGUAUCGGUCUUCGAGGUGUCUUGCCACCCCGUAUUGGCGACAAGUGCUGGCUUUACUUCCCCGAGCCUGACUCGCCAUUCUACCGCGCCACUGUCUUCUCCAACUAUUCGCCUUUCAAUUGCCCACAGAAGGAUGUUAAGCUCCGUACGCUCCAGACUGCUGACCCAGCGCUGUCGAGCAAGGUCGACACGAAGACGGAACGUGAGGGUCCCUACUGGUCCCUCAUGCUCGAAGUCUCGCAGUCGUACAAGAAGCCAGUCGACGAGGAGAACCUCAUCAAGGACUCAAUCCAAGGCUUGAUCAAUACGUCGCUCUGCCAGCCUGAAGACGAGGUCGUGUCGAUCUAUCACCGCAAGUUCUAUCACGGAUACCCGACGCCCUCCCUUCAGCGCGAGGGUCAGCUCAGAACGCUCCUGCCCGCUCUCAAGGACGACUACAGUAUCUGGUCCCGCGGACGUUUCGGUAGCUACCGCUACGAGGUCGCCAAUCAGGAUCACUCAUUCAUGAUCGGUGUCGAAGCCGUCGAUGGCAUCAUCUACGGAUCACCCGAGAUGACCCUCAAUAAUCCCGAUUGGGUCAACGGCCGACGCAACGUCGAGCGCCGAUUGAAUUAG